AUGUUUCAGGAGCCGGUGACGUUCCGGGAUGUGGCCGUGGACUUCAGCCGGGAGGAGUGGGGGCUGCUGGACCCCGCCCAGAGGGGCCUCUACAGGGCCGUGAUGCUGGAGAACUACAGGAGCCUGGCCUCCCUGGGGCUCGUCCUCGCCAAGCCUGAGCUGGUCUGUCUCCUAGAACGAGGCGGGGAGCCGUGGAAGCCGGACCCAGGACUCCCGGGAGGCCCGUGCUCAGCCUGGGAGACCAAUGCCAAGACCAAGGAACUCUCUCCAGAAUGGAACAGUUCUGAAGGAAGACCAUCCAAGAAAGUUAUUACAAAGAAUGGUCCCUCACAAUUCAAGUUGAAAGAAGCCUGGAACUAUGUGGGCAAAUUAGAGAGAGAGCACAGAACUAAGGAGGGAUAUUUGAGGCGAGGGACAAUCACACACCAGAAAAUCGCCACUGAGGAAAGUGUCUCUGAAUGUGGUGGAUUUGAGGAGAACUUUGUGACACAACAGAGAAUUCCUGAAAAUGAGAGACCCGAUAACUGUGAUAAACACGGAAAUGUCCUCAAACAGAAUUCUGACCAAAUUAAACACCAGAGAAUCCAUGCUGGAGAGAAGUCCUAUGAAUGUAAUCAGUGUGGGAAGGUCUUCAGCCAGAACACGUGCCUUACCCAGCAUCAGAGAAUUCAUACUGGUGAGAAACCCUACGAAUGUAAUGAAUGUGGAAAGGCCUUCAGCCAGAUCUCAUCCCUUUAUUCCCAUAAGAGAACUCAUACUGGAGAGAAGCCUUAUACCUGCAGUGAAUGUGGGAAAGCCUUCAGUUACCAUGCAUCCCUCACUCAACAUAUGCAAACUCACACUGGCGAGAAGCCCUAUGAAUGCAGUGAAUGUGGGAAAGCUUUUAGUCGGAGUACGUAUAUUAUUGAACAUCAGAGAAUUCACACUGGAGAGAAACCCUAUGAAUGUACUGACUGUGGGAAAACCUUCAGGUACUGCUCAUCUCUUACUCAACAUCAGAGAAUUCAUACUGGAGCAAAACCUUAUGAAUGCAGUGAAUGUGGGAAAGCCUUCAGAUACUACUCGGUCCUUACGCAGCAUCGGAAAACUCACACCGGAGAGAAACCCUACGAGUGUGGCGAAUGUGGGAAAACUUUCAGACAGAGCUCAGCCCUUUAUUCCCAUCAGAGAAUCCAUACAAGAGAAAAACCCUAUUUAUGUAGUGAAUGUGGAAAAGUCUUUAGCCAGAAUUCAACCCUCACCCGCCAUCAACAGACUCACACUGGAGAAAAACCCUAUGAGUGCAAUGAAUGUGGAAAAGCCUUCCGACUGAACUCGGCUCUUUUUUCACAUCAGAAAACACACCCUGGAGGGAAACCCUACAAAUGUAAUGAAUGUGGGAAAACCUUCAGCCAGAGCUCAUCCCUUUCUUACCAUCAAAGAACUCAUACUGGGGAGAAACCAUAUGAAUGUAGCGAAUGUGGGAAAUCCUUCAGUCGGAAGACAUUCCUCACUCAACAUCAGAGAAUUCAUACCGGGGAGAAACCUUAUGCGUGUAAUGACUGUGGGAGCGCCUUCAGUAGGCGGGCAGCCCUCACCAAGCAUCAGAAACUGCACACUGCAGAACUAACCCUAGGAGUACAAUGAAAGGGAGAAAAGUUGAAUUUAGACUUUUCACUUUGUUAAAUACCCAAGAGUCCAGUCAGCCAUUAUGACAUUGGGAUGUGAGUGGGGAAAAAUGUUUGGGAUGGGAGGAGUCUUACUUUAGCAAUCUCCUUGGGUGGUAGAGUCAUACAGAUUCAAGUAGUCUGUCUGAAAAUAGAAUUAAUACCCCUAACUUAAGAAUCCAUUUUAAAAAAUAAAAACCUUUUU